UUUUUUUUGUGAGACUAAGUAAAAUGAAUGAUAUAUAGAGAAAACUUCAAGGAUUUCAGAACUUACAAGGACCCUAGACAAAGAAUGUUCAUUUGGCCUGAAAUUUGAAAUUAGGACUCACCAAGGUCAUGAACAACUGGGGGUCACUGAUACAUCUAAAGCUGAUUAUCACUUGCAUGAUCAUUGAAAAACUGACGGAGAUUACUAAAUAAAUACUUGUUUCUUCAUUUCUUUGUAAUUUAGAUUUUUGUAGCCCACUUGUGAUAAUAAAUAGUUAUAGAUAAUAUGAAUAAAGAAUAUUUUGGAGUUGUUUUAGAGAGAAACAAAAAUGAAUAUUAAUACCGUGCAUAAUCUUUCUUCCACCUGAAAUACGACACAGUGCAGGAUGUAAUUAAUUGCUCACGUGAAUAUUUUAUAUGUUAUGUUGGAUAGAAUGACAUGUAUCGUGUAUGUGAACAAAAUUUACCAGCAGCAAAAUGUGAGAGUUAUGAAUGGCAGAAAGAAAUGAAAUACGGUGAAUCAAUACAUACGGCUAUUAUGGCUUUAUUGUUGGGUGGAGUUUACUUCAGGAAUUGUGGAAAUAUUUGAAAAAGACAAAAUAAGAUGUUUUUAUCGAACAUGGAGAAAUGGUGUGCAAUGGAAAUUAAGUGAUUUGAAAAAAAAAAAAAUUGAAAAAAAUCUGGUUGGUGUGACACUCAACAUGACAAUGAAACAACCAAUGUAAAGAAUGGCACUGGAGUUUGGAUUAUACUGCCAUUCAUUCAUACAUGAUGUAAUAUUGUUACUGUCUUAUUAAUCACAUUGACUACUGUGUCAUUGAAAUUGUAUGAUUAUUUCUGUCUGUCAUUAUCAGAUUAGCCAUGACUGACUACCAUUUUGGGAUUUACCUUGUCUGACUGCCACUAUCGGAGAAUCACAGCUGCCUGCCACCACCUUAUUUAGCCAGUCUGACUUCCAUCUUUUAAUGGCCCCUAUGGAGACAGUGGUUGCCGUAGCGAUUGGUAUCCUAGCAACAGUGUUCCUACUAUCCUUGGUUGGCCUUAUCCUGGUGUGUCGACACAAGUUCUGUCGCCCGAAGGACUUGCUCACUCAACAGAUGGCAGAUACAAGGCCUGAUGUACAGCUGAUAGAAGACGAGCCCAAACAGACUGACGGAAGCCUGGAGCUAGACGAAGUUGAAAUCUCCAACCCGAAACUCGAACAGGUCCUCAGAGAUGAACGAUGGGUCGAUGAUGUGACAGGGCUAGUUCCACACUGUAUUGCCAUUUUAAAGACAUGCCACCACCUAACAGAGCGGCUGGUUGGUAUGACGAUGGGGAACGCAGACAAGAUUCGCACGCAGGAAAUGUUGACAGAUAUUGUUACGGUGGCUAAACGUAUAAACCCUCGUGUAGAUGAAGUGGUUCAGUCGAUGUACCCGCCUUUAGAUCCAAGGCUUCUAGAGGCUAGGUGUACGGCUCUGGUGUUAUCGGUGAGCCAUCUUGUUCUUGUCACGAAACAUGCAUGUAAACCAGUGCGCAAUAUAGACUGGAUAGACCAGGCCCUCGCUGACGUGGAAGACCAUUUAAGGGUACUUCAGGAAGCUAGCUUUAACAUGGCUCCAGACUGCCGCACCCCUUCCAGUUCUGUGACAUCAGGUGAUAGCCAACAGCCAAUCAUGAAUGGCCAUGUUGUCCAUGAGAACCAAUCAUCUCUAGUGUAACAUCUGUAGUGGCUGUGUGGUCGAUAAGAACCAAUCAUAUCAAGUGUAACAUCUGGAAUGGCUAUGUGGUCUAUGAGAACCAAUCAUUUAAAGUGUAACAUCUAGAAUGGCUGUGUUGUCCAUGAGAACCAAUAAUAUCAAGUGUAACAUCUGGAAUGGCUAUGUGGUCCAUGAGAACCAAUCAUCUAAAGUGUAAGAUCUAGAAUGGCUAUGUUUUCCAUGAGAACCAAUCAUAUCAAGUGAAACAUCUGGGAUGGCUGUGUGGUCAUCUCUAUUGUAACAUCUGUAGUUGCUAUGUGGUCCAUGAGAACCAAUAAUCUCUAGUGCAACAUCUGGUGGGGCUGUGUGGUGCAUGAGAACCAGUAAUCUCUAGUGUAACAUCUGGAGUGUCUGUGUGAUAAAUGAGAACAAAUAUUCUUGCAUACCGGACGUGUGUUUCCAGUCAUGUGACCGGUGCUGGAAAAACUCAUCUUACACCCCCCAUGUAAGAUGAGUCACGCGCAACAACGCGCCACUUCUUAUUUCUUUUAUUGUAUGGUUUAUGAAAAGUAUAUUAUGCAAUUUCAAUAAAGCGGAAUCAAAAAUAUAAGUAUACAAUACUUUCUAUUAAAAUUGAAAAUAAAUAAUCGUAAAAGCGUGAUUUUUAAAGGAACUAUUUGACGUCAAUAGUGAUUUAAAAUUACUGCCCUUUAUGAUGUCAGUACAGAACGUCGCACGCGCUUUUUGGUGAAAUGUACAAAAGUGCGUUUUCUACGUCAAUUUUUCAACAAAUUCAUAAUUUAAGGUAUGCAAGAAAAAAUGUCAAUCAUGUUUUUCCGGUCCAGAUCGAAAAAUCCGACCCUCGGGCACGCUGCGUGACGGGUAACUCGGCAAGCCUCGUUACCGGCUUACGCGCGUGUCCUCGGGUUGGAUUUUUCUAUCCGUACCAGAAACACAUGAUAGAUACUAAUAAUCUCUAAUGUAACAUUUGUAACUCUAUGUGGUCCAUGAGAACCAAUCAUCCCUAGUGUAGCAUCUGGAGCGACCAUGUGAUUCAUGAGAACCAAUCAUCUCUAGUGUAACAUCUGGUGUGUUCAUAUGGUCCAUGGGGACCAAUCGUCACAGGAGUAACCUUUUUUUGGUGGUUUGUUCUAUAACAGCCAACCAUCUCUGAUUUAACAUCAGGAAUGUUCAAGAGAUCAGUGAGAACAAAACACUGGUCAUGUGAUCAAAAAAGGAGAACUUAAUAUCUUAUAGUGAUCGAAAUUAGCACAAGCCUGCAAGUCAUGCAAUGUUAAAAUGCUUUACAGGCUCAUGCUUAAAUUCUGGAUGUUAUUUAGCAUGGCUUGUUGAUGCCAAGCACUGGCGUUCGACUAUGUAAUGGCUGACCAUGACAGCCAGCAGCCAAUCAUCAAUGGAUGUGUGUUCAUUCAAACAAAUUAUCGCUAGUAUGCAUAAUGAAUGGUCAUGUGGCCAAUUAUGAGAGUCUAUCAUCUCUAGUGUAUUAUCUAGAACGGUGACGGUAACCAAUCAACAAGGAGACAGCUAGCUGCUUAGCAAAUAACGCCCUUGGGAUUCAUAAGAAACAUUUAAAUUAAGAGUAUCAUUUUUUUGUGUAAAGACUACAAAACAUUGGUUGUGGAUUGAAGAGAUCCUUCUCUAAUCUGUUGAACUUGAACAUGUCAGUUUGAGAAAACUCUUCUUAUGCCAAUUUAACAGCUGUUCACAAUUGGUGAUAUAACCAUUUAUUUAUGGGAUAAACCUUUUUCAAACUGUGUCAAGACCCCAGAUGCGCAGUGAUAAUGUUAACCAUAAAUUGUUGUGAAAACUCGCUUUUGUUGUUAUGAUCGUUUAUACAUUUUUGUAUAAUAGUUAAAAAUCUUCUUUUGUAAUCAUUUUCUUAGUCAUUACAUUCAACAGCUGUACAGUUCUUUUGUGUUAUUGAUGUUAUGAUCUUGAGAACAAUGUUUUAAAACCUUUACUAAGAAAUGAACAUAUCCUCAUAACUAAUGGUGUUUUGUAACAUUUAGUUAGAAUGACUGAAAUUUUAAAACUGUAAUCAUAAUUAAAUUGCAAAACACAUGAAUGUUUAUGAUGUUAGUGACUUCCAGGGGCCAUUUUGUCAAAAAUCCUAGGAGCGGUUUGGUACUAAGGAGUAGUAGUGCACCUUUAAAAAUGCUAUGAAAUCUCUCCUCGGUACAAAAUCUCUUGAUGAAGCAGCCACCUAGUUCCUAAAAUUAAACAUUAACAGUAUUCUAGAUUGACAAUAUAACAAGACUUCCUGGAGUCAUGGACUUUGAAAGAUUGUAUGGUGUGUUUGAAAAAAGACUGUUGCAAGAACAUGUUAGAUCUCAAACCUAGGAAAAUGGUAGCCAAAUUGAUAUUGAUGUGUACAAUUAAUAGUCUGAAAGCAUUAUCUGUUCACCAUUUGUCACUUUGCUUUUAAGUCUGAGUUCAAUUCUGCAUGUUGUUUUAAUAACAGAAAAUUAUGGUCUAUACCCAGAAAAAGCUUUGCUUUUAGAAUGUUUGCUGGGAAAUUGUUUAAUAUCAUCGCUUAAUAUGAUAAGAAGACCAACUCAUAUAUGAUUGAAUGGAGAUGAUAAUGGUUUCAGCAGAGUGAUGUAGUUAGGGCAUUGUACAUCGGCCGUCUGUCGGUCUGUCACAGCCAUUACUACAAUGUCAUGUAUCUAACAAACAGAAACUUAUAUGAAGUGUGUAAAAACUGUAGUUUUGGUAAUACAUGCACAUCAUCAGGAUUGGGCCAGUAAUACCCGAGUUAAACCUAUUAUUAAAUUUCAUAAGAAAAGCUCCAAUUUGCCUCUUAAAGCCAUUUUUAUGCAGCAAAUGAACAGAAAUGUAUGCAACUAAAAGUAAAACAGUGAAAUAAAUGCAUUUUAAACAUAUUUAUUGUGCAGUGGUUCACAUACAAGUUUUGUCUACAUCAGGGAACCCUUUUCACUUUGAAUUAAUAAAAAAGCUUAAAUUUGUCCAUCCAGAGUGAUUUCUUAUGAUAUAUUGAAAUGAAUGAAUCUUGUUAAUGAAGUGUGGUGUACUUGGCAUUGUUGAGUCUGUAUUGGUUAUGUUAUUAAAGAGUUGUUGCCCUUUAGUUCUUUAAAAAAAACUGAUAUGUCAGUUUGGAGCCAUUAUUAUGUAUAACUAUAUUCUAUGAAAUAGAAAUUAACGGAACUUAUAUGAAAUGCCAAUAACAAUAAUGUGAUGGCACACACAUAAGUUUUGCCUGGUUUGGUUCAAUACCACCAGAGUUAUUUCCCUUCAUGCAAUGCAACAUUUUUUAUUCUGAAAGUGAAAACAAUAACUGUUUUGGUGAUGUAACUUUAUGAAGUUAAUACUCAUUGAAAUUAAUAAAGUGAUUUGAGCAAAAAAUCUUCAACUAGGCCACUUAACUAUAACUAAAAAAAGUAAUUUAUACAAAGCUUGUUGUAAAGUUUUGCAUAUAUUUGAGUCUUGAACUGUUUGGUUCUUUGACUAUACAUCCUACAGUUGGGGAUCUCAGUUCUCCAAUUGGUGUGUCAUAAUAUGGUCAUCUUCUAAAUCAUGUGUAUUUCACUCUAAAACAAUGUAUUUCAAUUCUUUUCCCUUCAUAUGUUUUCAAUAAAAUCUGUUGAAAAUGUUUAUUUUUGUAUCUCCUAUAAGACACUUGAAUUUUUGGUAGAACUUUGAAUUUUAUACCAAAUAAUAUUAAUUUGAUAGGGCAUAAAUGUAACUCAACAAAUCAAUUUUUUUAUGUACCCUUGUGUUCAUUAAGUUCAAUUAAUUGUUCAGUUUAUUGGGAAGUAUAUUUUUUUAUGGGUUUUCUGACUAUUUUUUACGUAAAAUGUUCAGUUAGGAUAGAAUCCAAUCAGUUAAAUAACAAAUUUUAUAGAAGUAUGUCUCUGAUGAAUCAUGGCAGACAAAUAACGAUCAUGUUGGUCAGCAAUAGCAUUGUCAUCACACUCUAACUUGAGCAUUUCUCAUCCAAUAUAUAGCAAACAUAGUCAAAAUGUUUACGGGAUUCAAAUCUGAGUGUGGUGUGUUAAGCAGUUAUAUUUCAUAGCUGUUAAAAUUCUGUCUAACGUAUUGCAACCGAAAAAAAAAUGUUUUAGACGAUAUGAUGUCUGAUCCUGUAUCACAUUCGCAUGAGCAAAUCUACUUUGAAAUAAUAUGCAAAUAGGACACUUGUUGCCAAUUUAAACACUUUUGUAAAGAAAUUCAUUGUUACUAUUAAUUAAAAAGACUUAUAAGGUAUAAGAUCAAAACAAUACUAUGUUAGUGGCCAGAUCUGUGGCACUGAAUCGCUCUAUUGCGAUAUGGACUAGAUGCAAGCAACUCUAAGUGACAAAUCACCACCGAUCAACCAACUAGAAUAAUACCGAUACUUCCCUAAAUAUCUCAUUAUUCACUCUAGAGUUAUGGCCCUUGAAUUGGGUAAUUCAAGCAGGCAACAUAUUUCAUUCACAGAAAUGGUUUAAAGGGUAUAACAUUUUCUCACUAUCAAAUCAUUGUAUAAGUUUAAAGGCAGCUAUAUUAAAAGUUAUUUCAAUUUAAUUGUACAUUUUUUUACAAGGAUGGAAUUAACUUUGGGUAUUGUUUUAUCAUGUUAAAAACACUUAACAUCAAACAUCAAUUAGAGAAUAAGCUAUCUUUGUUAUGCUUUGUUAUCAAUUUAUUUUGCUUGUCUAUUUUGUUUGUGGUUGAUAAAGAGAAUGUUUGCAUAACCAAUAUUAUUAACAUGCUAUUGUUCAAUUAUGAUAUUGACAGUACGUGUUAAAAGAGUGCUACUGAUCAAAGUUAAGAGUUAUGGGCCUUGCUAUAUUCAUACUUAUUGUCUCUGGUAACAUGUGUACCGAGUUUCUUUUGAAUAUCUUUAACAUUUUUUCGGUUAAUGCUAAGGAUAAUCUUUUUACAAGCUUUGAAAAGGAUUGGAUUGAUUUUUAUUUAAUUGAACAUGAUUUUAUGACAAAUCUGGUAAAUCUAUUCUAGAUUUACAUGAUGCUAAACAGUUGAACUUUGUAACACAGCAUGGUUGUUGCCUUUAACAUUGUUUCCUAUUCACUUUGCUUGUGUUUGUGCUUUAUAUGGAAUUGUAAUGUAUUGUAUUGUUUUGAUACAAAAUAAAUGCUUAUGCCCAUGA